AUUUAUUCAUAAUUAUAUUUCCUGUAAAAUUGUAGUCCUGCAAAAGGCUUUAUCCAAAUAGUAUUUUUACAAAGGUCAGCUUGGCCAAUCAAGCUUUUAAUUCACUCAUAUGCUGUUCUGAGUUUUUUCUCUUUUAUUGCAAUAGAGCAUGAUAUGGUACCUGUCAAACGGAAAUGCUGAAACAUGGUAAAAGAUCAAGAUCCUUAUCAGGAAAUGCAGAAGACCUUAUUUCUCUUAGGAGCAUGAAGUCCGAAGUUCAAUUCAGUGUCAUAAAAUGAGGAUGAAAGAAAGCUCACGAUUGUUAAUGGAACUAUGUCAUGAUGAGCUCUUAUAUGAUAUGAUGGAUGAGUACUUGAAGGCCCCUAAGCUACCAAGAAAGCAAGUAUUUGUCAUGGCCUUGAACUUGAAAUCUAAGUUUCUUGGCACUGCAUCUAGAUUUCAGAUCUACGAAUUUGCAAACUACGAUUCCUCCUUCUUUCCAAACUCCAGUCUCCUCUCCUUUGCGUAGACUGCACUGUAGCUCAUUGGCUUUGUUUCUGUUCUUCAAUCAGUCAAUUCCCUUCAACCUAUCAUUCUCAGCAACCUUCGAAAGGUCGUGCCCAUAGCUUUGUUUCUAUCCUUCAAUCUGAUAUAAAGAAUUUUUUCUAAAAUUUUGUUAACUUGGGGUAUUUGUUUUUGUUUUAGGAAGUUAUUUCCUCAACUUGAAAUUAUUGAACAAGCUUAGUUUAAGUUGUUGCUGCAGAGUUUGCCUUACUGGAUUGGAUGGAUGCGUACACAUGUGCCACUUACUACUCUUUUAUGCCCAUUUUCUUAAUGGACUUAUUACUAGACAUAUAUGGUAGUAGUUUAUGCAUUUUUUUUUCUAUAAACUUUGCUGAAUUUA